UAAUCUUGGUUUCCAUUUUCACCUUCUUGUUCAUAUUGUUCAUACCUCUGUCCCUCUUGACUCCAAGCAAACGGUUUAGGAAAAAAUCUCGACCCAAAUUUGACGAAUUUUCUGUAAAAGUUGAUACCAACGUUGAUAAACCCCAAUAUCCUUCUCUAUCUGUCAUUCAAUAAUCGAUAGAUCUGCCAUUUUCCCAUUUGGGUUUUCCGAGAAAUACCCAGGUAAAGAAACCCAACUCGUAUCUUUUAUAUGCAUACCAUUUCGUUGAGAAAUUCCAAUUGUACAGUAUUUUUUGUUAGGAUUCGAUCAAUUUUUUGGUUUUUGCUUCAUCUGGUACGUUUAUUUGCCUGCUAAUUUUAGUGUGUGGCAUUUUCCUUGAGCUGUCUUGUGUGGUUUCUGCUCCGUUCACUUUGAAUUCGAUGUCAAACGAGUGAUUAUGGGGAAAUAAUAUGGGUUUUGGAGUUUUCAACUUGUUAACUACGUUGAAUAAACAGCAAGUGCUAUGAGAAGGAUUGUGUUAGGUUUUAAAUUUGCAAUGAAACGGAUGCAGUUUUGCAUUUGAGAAGUACUAGGGUUGACAUUUAGAAAAAUAAACAGUUCGAGCUCUGUUUAUGGAACUCAUGGGGUAGUGCAUCAUUUCUACUUAUUCAUGGAACUGCGUUCUUAAUGGAGUUGUUCAACUACAAAGAAUUUGUUCUGAUCUGAUUAGUUGUGUGUUGUCUGUCGGAAUAUCUUUGCAAGGUCUGAUAUGCAGCUGUAUUGUAAACUUACAAGUUGACUUUUAUAAGAAUGAGUUUCAGAGGAAUCUUGAAACCUUUUUUCAUGGUAUUCAUUGAUUGUGUUAACUCAUAAGUUGAGUACACAUGAUAUUGCCUUUUGGAAAGCUCAAUUUGGUUUCACAAUUAGAAACUGCGUAAUCUUCAUAAGUGGCUCUUUCUUUUCUGAAGUAUGUAUUUGUUUAAGAAAUUGAUUGUAUUACCAUUGUGGUAAUCAUGGUUGUGAAGAGUGGUACUCAUAGAAAAACGGUAACCUAGUGCAAUCAAGGCUCCUUGCCUUUUGGAGGGUUUGGGGUGCGUCUUUUUCACAUGGUUUUUUCCUUGUGUAUUUGCAAAGAGCUUGCUUUCGUUACUAGAACUUGUGAACUUCCAAUGACAACUGGGUAACCUUGUUGGUUGCUCUAACUUUCUUUCAAUCAUGGAGAUUACCAUAAGAUUUAAUUUUGAAAUUAUGAGAAAUGAGAUUUAUUUUCCUUAUGCUUAUUAUUGGAACAAAAUGGUUUGCUUAUUUGCACAAAUAAUAUAUGUUGCCAUUCACGCUUUUCCAAACCUACACAGAAGAUGUAGUUUAUUUUAUUUGUUAAACCCCAAAUUUGAUAGUUGCCUACUCUCUCUUAUGAGAUGUUGUCCAGAGGUUUCAAGGACUAUCUCUUUGCAACUAGCAAUAAUUAAGUCAUGAUGAGAUGUAAAUUGUAGGGUACGAGCCAAACACAUUUAAAGUUCAUUUUAUUUGCUAAAGGGCAAACACGAUGCAACAAGACUCCUCGGCUUUACAUGGGAUAAGGAGGUGAGUCUUUGUACACAUAAUCUUUCCUUGCAUUUUGUAAAGCGACUAUUUUUGUGACUAGUCUUGUAUGUGAUCCUAGCCAAGCAUGAGCUUGCUUGGUCAUAGGUUCAUGUCUUGUCAAGCCUAAACUCGAGGUUGGACUUGUUUCACCUAAGGCUUGAGCCUUUGCUCAUUUCUUAUGGGCAGGGCACAUAUAAGCUUGAGUCUCAUAUAAAUCAAAAGUUAAAUCCUUCAAAUAAAACUAGUUCUUAUGGACACGUAUGUGCUUCAGCCUUGCAUACAAUUGAAAGUUAAAUCUUUCAAAUAAAAUUGCAAAUUACUAGAGGCUAAAUAAAAUAUUAUUUACCAUAUGGAUCACAUAAGUUUGGUGAGCUCACUCCAAUAGGAUUGUCGAGUUGUCAUGGCUAAGCUAUAUUAGUCUUGAGCCAACCAAUCUUUUUGAUGAACUAACUAUCUAGCCCUCACAAACCGGUUCUUCUCCCUCUACACCAAUAUCAAUAACUCAACCCAAUGACCUUGGUCACAAAGGAGUAACUGUUAAGCCCAACAUGUUGGAUUUGAUUAUUGGCAAACCUCUGAUGAACACUUAGACUAUUUGGAUACUAAAUGUUAUGUACCCGACCAAACAACUGAAGGAUUGAAGUGAUGAAAGACAAGUUUAAACAUGAAGCUGAUAUAAUGGGAAGUUAUCGAGUGUUGACCCACUAAAGGAUCAACAACUACAACCGGACAAAGUAGUCGUUCAACAUCUGUAGAAUCUCAGUGGCACUAAGAACUAAUGAAGUAGUUCAGUGGAAAUAUAUAACCAUUGAAGUUUUGCCCUUGGGAUGAUAAGUGUAAAAAAGAAGUUACCACUAAAGCUAAACACUACAGAACAUAUUGCCAAGAUUAGACCACAAAAACUCAAUGGACAUUUUUGAAGCUAAAGCUGAACAAAGUAAAGCUGACGCCUAGAAGAUGUCACAAAGUUUUGAUGAAGGUGAACCUUUGUAAACUUGGGGCUAAGCAUUACUUUGACAAAAAAUAACCUUCAAGAACAACCAAGCAUGGGAAACAACUAAGUGGAUGAAGACUCCUUCAGAUAGAUUCAAGGUUUGAAGCCAAGAAAACUAAUGACGACCAAGUUUGUCUGUGUACAACUUGGCUUUUGAUGAUAAGUGUAUGUAAAUUAUGAACUGAGGUAACCACUGAAGAAGUAAAGCUAUGAUAUAAUCAUCCAUCUGAAGUUCAACAAAUAUUAAAUAUCGGCUCAGAAGAUGGUGAACCCCUAAUAACUGAGAUUGAUGAAGCAAGUUGCCACCAAAGCCAAUGCCAUGUUCACUAUCCAGCAACUGAGCAAGUCUUGCCUUACUCAUUUAAUGCAAAAGGAGUAUCAAAAGGUGGACCCAUGUGAAGUUGCGGACAAGGACACAAAGUCAACCCAAUAGUACAUUAAAGCAAGCAUGCCAUUAAAGCAACAUUUAAUGCAACAUGGUUUGCAUUAAAUGUAUUUUGGCUUGCACUUAAUUUAUCAUGGGCACACGUGUCUCAUCAAGAAGAAAUUACUUUAGCGGGUUCACAAAAGGGUAGCAGUAAAGAUCAACAAAUGACGAUCUUUUGGGUAGACAAACCAUCUCGCAUGGCUAUCCUCCUCCAUCACUCAAAGUAUAAAUAUAAGUGAAGACUUUCAAGGAGGAAGAGAGAAUGAACAAGUGCUUUCACUAGAGAACAUUCAUCUAGUUCAAGCUUAAUGUGAACCCAAGUGUUCAUUCCUCCAAGAAGUCUCAGAUCACAUACAUACUUUGUGUUGAGUCUUAUGCUUUGAGUGAGUGAGAUAUCUUGUAAUAUGUCAUUGUACGAAGGUGUCUUGUUUAGGCUUAAGUCACUAGAUUUAUAGUCUAUGUUCCAUAGGGGUGCUUAGAAAAACUGCCAGACCACGAAAAUCAAUCAAACCAAACAAUACCAGACCAUAUUUCGCAGUUUAGGUGGUUUGGCGGUCAAGUUUGGUUUGGGAAAAAGCCAAACGGUGUGGUUUAGUUUGGUCUGCGGUUUGAGGUACCGGGUUGGCAUUUUACUCUGUCAAAUCUGACAACCUAUAUAUAAUAUCAUAUAUAUUUUUAUAUAUCAAAUCUUUAUACAUAAUUAAGUAAUUAUUCAUGCAGAGAAAGUAUUCAAAUUACAAACCUUAAGUUAUAUAUUAUUCGACUUCUCUCGACUCUUAUCUCUUUCUUGUUUUGUGUCUUCUCAUUCUCUUGUUCUCCUCAACUCUCAUUGUUUGUCUUUUCAUUUUUAUUAUCUGACUUGUGUCAACUCUCAUCACUUUUUGUUGAACUAUGGACGCAAAUAUUACUUUUUUGUUGAAUUACUCAUAGCAAUAUGGAUAGCUUUUUUUUGAGAGCAUCAUAUUUAUACAUAUGUAGUUCUAUUAUACAUAUUUUUAUUUCAUUGGCCAUUAUAAUCUCAAACCGCCUAAAAUGGUCAAACUAGACCGCCAUUUGGUGGUCUGGUGUGACACACCAGGUCACUUCAUGCCAAACUGCACGGUUCGAAAACUUCCAAACCACUCUUAUGGUUUGGUUUGUCGUUUGAGGGUUUAGACUACCUAGACAGACUGUGAACACCCCUAAUGGUUCCGCAUAAGACUUCAUUCUUUGUAAUAAGCUUAUAAAUAAUAAAUUUAUCUUAAACUUUGAAAAAGAUUUGUAUUCAAGCUAUAUUCUACAAAUGCUUGUGAUAUUGUCAAGCUCCUUAGGACCCAACAAUCAUUUUACCAUUUUUUCAAGGUUGUCCCCUUCCAUAUAUAGAUAGAAGUACAAAAAUAACAAAAGAGCUUGUAAGGACAUACCAUGAUCAUGAUGGAUUGAAACUUUGACUAGUAAUUUGGAUUAACUACGUAAAGGUUAAAAUUGUAGCUAUAUGAUGAGUGUAUAUACUCUUUGAGGUCUUCCCUUUGUCUGAAUGAAAACAUUAAACUGUGCUUUUACUUCUGCACAAAGGAACAAAAAUUUGUGAAUAUAUUAGAAUGGUUUUCUAUUAAACUCUAGGUUAAACCCAUCAACAACAGUGACAUUGCAUGAGGGUGCAUGGGUAUGGAAUUCACAGAAGAAAUGAGGGUGAAGCACCAGAAUGUAAAAGACAUUUAGCAGGCUACACGACGGUUGGAGCAGAGGGUUUCAAGAACUUUUAAGUUGAAUAUACCCUAUAGCAUUCUUAAAAGUCAACCUUUGGAGCAGAGAAUGCAACCUUAAUGGCUCAAAGUCAAUCCCUUAAAAUAUCUUUUAAUUGAUUUCCUAUACAAUUCCUAUAAUUAUGUGAUUUGGUUCCAUAACACCACUUUGUGUGAACCAAAUUUCAACUGUGUUAAGUUAUUCCAUACCAUAGAUAGAAGAAGCGGAAAGAAAUCAGCCCGACUUCUGCUUUGCAUGGUUGGAGAUUGUUCUGGAAUCUUUAUCAUUGGCAUCUGACAUGGUGCAUAUUUUAAUGUUUAUCAAGGAUUUGUGAUUACAUAAACCGGAUAUCUUAGAUGUAAUAUACGCAAAGCCAUAUAGUUUCAAUUUCUUAACCACAUGGAGCCACUUGUUGCCUUAGAUUUCAACGGGCCCUGACAAUAUUAAGUCAAAUUGUUGAUGAUAAUAUUCACAAGCUGCUUAAAGUAACUCAUAAACACCUUUCUACAAGCAUAUCAGUUUCCAUUAAAGCUGUGAUCUUAGAUUUUGCAUGCAACUUACUAUUUUGUUUAGCAGGACAAAAGAAAGAGUAAGGUUCCAUUUAUUUAUACCAUUUUUUCGCAUUUUCUUUGCGCGUUCCCAUCUUUGUUUCACGUUAUAUCAAUUAAUGGGACCUACAAUCACAAUAAAUGGGACUGGAAAAAUGGAAAUGUUAAAUAACAAAAACAAAUAGAACACCAACAGCCAAGUGGCUGGAUGUGUUACUUGAAGAGCCUCACAUAGUAUUCUAUUUUAGCCCAUUAUAUGCAUAUGACUCUUGCAUAUUGUUAAAAUAUGAUUUAAGGAUUUCAGUUAAUAAAUCUGACACCAGAUAUUAGCCAUACAACCUGAUUAAUGCAGCCUAUACCAUGGAGAGGCUUUGUUGUCUGCCACAAGAUCAAGGUUAACUCACUUGGAGAACCACCCUACAUAGCACCCAUGACAAACAAAUACAUCUGUGUUGUGGAUAUGGUGUGGCCACUUACACAUGAGAUGAGGGUUUGAAAUUGAUCUGCUCUCAAUGGAUCUUGAGAAUAAAUUUGGAUAAAAUGCCAUUUUCAGCCAGUAACGAUGGAAAAAAUAUCUUUUACAAUUAAAUGUGGUCUUCUAGAGGACUUGAAAAUCUCGAUGCAAUGUCUUCUGAUAGGAGCCUGAUGAAUAAGAACAACACGAUUGGUAUCCAGACACUAGCUUCUGAUUCUUCAACUGGGCAUGAUCCUCAAACAGGUCCUUUUUCCAAGGAAGAUGACAAUACUGAAUAUUCUUCGGAUGAACAGGGACGCCAUGCACGUGCUAAAGCUCAAAAGGAGGAAAUCCAGUUUCUUCGAGAAAAAAUUGUCUUUGCAAGUGUCAAGGAACGGCAAUUAUUGAACGAAAAAUAUACAUUGGAAAAGAAAUUUGCUGAACUACGAUUGGCUCUAGAUGAGAAGCAAAAUGAAGCCAUUGAGUCUGCAGCAAACGAAUUGGCUCGUAGAAAAGGUGUUCUUGAUGAAAAUCUAAAAUUAGCCCAUGAGUUGAAGGUUACUGAGGAUGAGAGGUAUAUCUUUAUGUCAUCCUUGGUGGGACUAUUGGUCGAAUAUGGCAUUUUGCCUCAGUUUACAAAUGCCGCAGCUCUUUCUGAUAGCGUAAAGCACUUGCAUGACCAAAUGCAGCAGAAGAUUAGAGAAUCUCAAGGCCAGCAGCGGUAUUCACCUUCACCCUAUGACAAUUCUAUAGGUGGAAGGCAUUUGGAACCCAUUUAUGAUGUUUCUAGAUACACACCUGAAAGCGACCCUAGAGGAAGGAAUAGUCUGAUGCUCAAUGGUCAGAUGAAUACAUCACUAGAUAAUGAUAUUCGGCCGGUUUCCAGGCUGCAUAGUCAGAACGCUCCUGUUUAUGCCUCUAAUAGGGUGGACAAUAGAUUCGAAGAGACGCCUGAUAACAAUUACUUUCAACCGCCUCCAAUGCAUGAUGGGGGUGAUUCUUAUGCUUUAGAAGAUGGCCCAGGAAUAGAAAGCUUCCAAAUAAUUGGAGAUGCCAAACCAGGAGGUAAACUUUUAGGCUGUGGAUUUCCAGUGCGUGGGACCUCAUUAUGCAUGUUUCAGUGGGUUCGUCACCUUCAGGAUGGCACUAGGGAGUACAUUGAGGGAGCCACAAAUCCGGAAUAUGUAGUUACAGCUGAUGACGUCGAUAAACUUAUUGCUGUUGAGUGCAUACCAAUGGACGACCAAGGUCGUCAGGGGGAAAUAGUCCGACUUUUUGCCAAUGAGCAGAACAAAAUAACGUGUGAUCCAGAAAUGCAACAGGAAAUAGACAAAUAUAUGGCGGCUGGUCAAGCAUCAUUUGGUGUUUUGCUGCUGAUGGAUUCUUCUGAGAACUGGGAGCAAACAACUCUCUCUUUGGGAAGAUUGAGCUACCAAAUAAAGGUCAAUCGGACGCAAGAUGUAUUCAUCCAUGAGAAAUAUUCCAAUGAUGUAUCGAUCAAAAUCCCUGCGGGACUUACCACACAGUUUGUGUUGACAUGCGCGGAUGGUUCUUCACAUCCUUUCAAUACAUUCCAUGAUGUUCGAAUGCGCGACACUUUGGUGCUCACCAUGAGAAUGUUCCAAAGCAAGGCGUUGGAUGACAGAAGGAAGUCGAAAGCAUGAAGCUUAUAUUCUUCAAUAUAGAUACAAGUGUUAUAUACUCAUUCUUUGUAGAAAUGAAGUAAAGAACAAUAAGACUACUUUAGAAGGUUUUGUUGUUUAGAUUGGAAUCGAUGAGUGAGAGUGAGAACAUGGGUGUGUUUGUUUACAUGCAUCUUUAUUUGUAGUAGAUUUUGGCUUUCUGUGAAAAGUCAACGGGCUGGUAAAACUCAUUCAGUAUAAAAGGCUUUUACGACCC